UUUGGAGACAGAAUUCUUCGAAGCUGACAAUAUUCUCUGCCAUGGGUGCUCAAGUUUUGCUCUGUUUUACCGCUUUCCUUGUGAUUUUUGUGUCGCUGGAAAGCGUUUAUGCCCGUCCAUCAGAUGCAAAAAACGUCACUGAUUUCGAUUCGGGUAAAGUGAUCGUUAAAGGCAAUUACAAUGCUGUGAACCUGUACCCCGAAAAAGACGUGAAAACGGCUUUAAGUCAGCUGCAAAAGAAGCUAGAAUCAUUGGAAGGAAGGAUAGAUGCCCUGGAGAAAUUUAAACCAGCGUGCAAGUUCGACUUUGAAGACGGAAUCCACGGUUGGGAUAAGACUGGAACAGCGUUUAACAACCAGCCGACCUAUGGUGAUAACCCUACAGCUCGGAACAGAGGACAACCUGCACGUCAACAAGGCGACUGGUGGAUCGGAGGAUACGAAAACAGACCCUUAAAAUCAGCUCCCGCUGGUAAAACGCAAGGAGACGGACCCCAAGGAACUCUUACUUCCCCAUACUUCACCAUCACGGGCAAACACAUCUCGUUUCUGAUUGGUGGAGGCUGUGAUAUAAAACUGGUUCGCGUCGAUUUGAUCAUUGGCAACAAGGUUAUCAAAUCAGCUACCGGGAAAUGUACUGAGACGAUGACUCGUAAGACCUGGGAUGUCGGAGCUUCUGUUGGUCAACGCGCACGCGUCAAACUGGUUGACGUCAGUUCUGGUGGAUGGGGUCACAUCAACUUUGAUGAUCUGAAAGGCGACAUGAGUUGUGGACCAAACUGAAAUAAAGUUUGCUCAUUUGCAAAGUGUCAUUUCAUGCUUUAAUAGUAGGAAGAAAUGGGAAAGGAAGAACGUAGCAAAAUGUAGGAGGUGAAAUUUUGAGACAGGGGCCUUUUGAUACCAUUUGUAAGCUUUUUAAACUGUGGGAAAUAAACUUUGGAAGUAAACUGA